AAAAACAGUGAUUAAAGCUUAUAAUGCCCACGGAUGAAGAUAACAAUUUUUCUUGUAGGAAGAGUCAUGCUCCAGAUGUAAGGGUGCAAUUAGUUGCCUUUGACGAUCAACGGGAAACCGAUGAGGAGCUCACCAAUCACGGACCACCCGGAAUCGAUCUCUCCUCUCACGUGGAUGUUUUUUACGCUAUCCUCGGUCAAGUCGCAGACACUCCGCAGGAGAUACCCUUUCUGAGCAUUCUGCAGCAUCUGUUGCGGCUGGACCCGAAAGACGCCGCCAGCGAUCUGGCAUGGGACACCGCGGAGACUCUGGUGCAUCGAGCCACGUUGCUGGAGAGUCGCGAGGAUGCCACCAAGUUGCUGAGAUCGCCUAGUCUUCAGACGAAUCUAUGCUGCCACUGUCGCGGUGCCGAUCAGACGUGUGGAACGUCGCGGAAGGCGUCGCUAUCGGCGAACAACAGCUCGACGACACCCUUACCACCACCGCCGCCACCCCCGGCUCCAGUGGUGCCAAAUCCGCCAAUCCCGCCGAGUGGCAGCGGUUUCGUUCUGCCACCACCGCCCCCACCGCCGCUUUUCGUUAAUGCUACCACAUCUGAUGCACCGAUGGAGCCGCCAAUGCCACCACCCUUACGCGUGCCCACCGUCGCACGUGCACCCACCCCUGAGCCGCCCAGCAAUCAUGCAAAGUUGCUACCGCAACAAGAAAUUCCCACCCCUAGAACAAAGAUGAAAACCAUCAACUGGAACAAAAUACCCAAUCAUAAAGUAAUUGGGAAACGGAACAUUUGGUCCCUCGUCGCGAACGAGCACCAGAAUUCUCCAAUGGCGGAUCUGGAUUGGGCCGAGAUGGAGGGCUUGUUCUGUCAGCAAGCACCACCGAUGGUACCACCGACGACAUUCUCGACUUCAUGCGGUACCGGAGCCGAUGUGGAACGACGUCGUCGAGAACCGACAGAGAUCGCGCUACUCGACGGAAAGAGAAGCUUGAAUGUUAACAUCUUCCUGAAGCAGUUUCGAAGCUCGAACGAGGACAUAAUCCAACUGAUCAAGGAGGGCGGCCACGAUGAUAUUGGCGCGGAAAAAUUGCGCGGUCUUCUUAAAAUAUUGCCGGAGGUGGACGAGCUCGAGAUGCUCAAAAGCUUCGACGGCGACAAGUCGAAGCUCGGUAACGCCGAGAAGUUUUUUCUGCAACUUAUCCAAGUGCCCAAUUAUAAGCUGCGCAUCGAGUGCAUGCUGCUGAAGGAGGAAUUCGCCGCGAACAUGAGCUACCUGGAGCCAAGUAUCAACUCGAUGAUACUUGCCGGCGAGGACCUCAUGACGAACAAACCUCUGCAGAAGGUGCUGUACAUGGUUCUGGUCGCUGGUAACUUCCUCAACUCUGGCGGCUACGCAGGCAACGCGGCGGGUGUGAAGCUCUCCUCGCUGCAGAAGCUAACGGAAAUUCGCGCGAACAAGCCAGGGAUGAAUCUGAUACACUACGUAGCAUUACAAGUCGAGAGGAAACGGAAGGAUUUAUUAAAUUUCGCGAAGGAUAUGACUGCCUUGGAAGCAGCGACAAAAACGACGAUCGAACAACUGACCAACGAAUUCAAUAGCUUGGAUACGAAGAUCAAAAAGAUCAAGAGCCAGAUUCAGCUUUCUUCGACCGAAAGCGAUAUACAAAAACAGAUGGCACAAUUUCUUCAGAUGGCCGAGCAAGAAAUGGCGCAGUUGAAGAGGGAUAUGGAGGAACUCGAGGGAGUAAGACGAUCGCUGGCGGAAUUCUUCUGCGAGGAUACGAACACGUUCAAGAUUGAAGAGUGCUUCAGGAUAUUCCAUCAGUUUUGUCAAAAAUUCAACCAGGCGGUUUCAGAGAACGAGAGACGACGCAUCCAGGAGGAGCAGGUCAUGGCGCGUCGCAAGCAACGCGAGGAGCAGUUGCUCGCGAGAAAACGACUGCUGAGCAAUCAAGCGGAGACACCAGGCUCGGAAUCUGAAUCUAAUUUGAUGGACUAUGGGCUUUUUGAUCUCCAUACCGGUUUACCUCAGAGAAAUUACAGCCGCGGCGAAGCCAAGAUAAGAAGGUUGCAAGGUGGUGGAGUUACGUCGGAUGAGGAUGUCUCCGUUAUUGGAUCACCGAGCAUCCGACGUCGUUUAGGAUCGUGUUCCGGCGGUCCCGAUCAACAAUCUACCAAAGAAGACACAUAUUCCCCAGAUAUCACGCCCAAUGGCACUCUUCGUCGACGCAGGAGUAGGAUACCUUGCGAGGACGACGACGGAAAUCUGAUGGACUUCUUACGAACAUCCGGACAGGAUAAUACACGGGAGAGAAAAUCUUGGGGAAGUUUAGAUCGUUCGUGGGCACGAAGAGCUCGCGGACAAUCGCGAAGAGGUGACCUUUUAAAUGCCGAUUUUUCGGGAGAUCGGGAACGACCCAAUUCGCCGUCUCCCCUGGCGGAAAGUAAACCGUUCCUGCAAGAGGAAGAAGCGAAGCCAACCGGGAAAGCCUGGCGACAGAAGAUCGAGGCGUGGCUGACGGAGAAGGAGGAUCGUGCGGGUGAGCAGCUUCAGAGAAGAGCGAAGCAAUUACACCAGGCGAACCGACGAUCCUUCGAAGACUCGGAAAGCGAAGGUAAAAGUUGCGCGAUGAACACCUUGGCGGAAGAUCAAUCCACCAUGCACGAGGGAGGAGGAUUCUCUGAAGUUUAUGAUUGGCGACCAUCUGUCGAGAAAACAGACGUGAUGCGCACGAUGGAGGCCAUUGAAGAAGUUCAACCGCUGUCGUCUCAGGACAAGUCUCCCUGGCGAAAGUCGAGCUUGAACGUACCAAAUAGUAUGGAAGAGACUGAUCCGCGUUAUUCACGUAGACUUAGGUCGAGACACAACACGGAGAAUACUCUCAUGCCUAGUCCACUUCAGGCGAUCAGAGAAGAGGACAGAAAGAAAAACAAGAUGAGCGACGCGAUGAAUUCAGACAACCAGGAUGAGUUAACAAUUUAUCUUCGGCAGCCGUAUACCGGAACACAAGCACCUGCAACUCGACGAUUUUCCAAACUCAGCAGAAAAGCCACGGAUGAAGAGAAAGUUAGUGAUAAAAUCGAGAUUGAUUCGGACAACAUCGAGACGCCACCAGCAAUUAGACGAUUAUUCAGUCCGCCCAAAGAGGUGAAACCUGUGGAGAAAGAACCCUGUAAGAGAGAACGUUGCAGCAGUUCCCUUCAAAGUCGAGAAACAAAGACUGCGAUAUUGAAAUCGGUUAAUCCCAGCAUGGAUCUUGGUACCGGUAACUUCGACAGAUACUCGGCGACGCGACGGACCCGCAGGUACAAGAAAACCCAAGAUCCUACGGGAGACAAAGAUAAAUCGGAUAUGUCAGGCCCCGAAUUGGUCUACGAUGAGAAGCCGGCGGUACAGCGGCCUAGUACCCUUGCUUUGGCUGAUGAGGAGAUUCGACACGAGGACGAGGACGCGGACGCCAUGCUGCGAGUCUGGCAGGAUAAAUUGAAGCGGCGCGACACCAUUUCGUCGUCGUCAUUAUCGCGCGACAUCGAUGCUGCGUUGGCAGAGAUCACGCGCUCCGGCGAAGAUCUUCAGCAUCUGUCGCGCUCAACGUCGACGACGUCAGCAACGGUGAACCAUAGGAAUUCGCGACUUCCGGUCAGUCAACCACCGCCGGUGGUACCGAUGACCAAUACCGUGUUAAGUCCGGUGAUGCAAGAGUCGCGACCGCGCGAACCCAUCACGGUGCUCGCCGAACGAGCGGUGACGAGCCGCGAACGUCAUCGGAGCAUGAUCGAUCCGAGCCAAGUGAAGGAGGCGGUUCGUUUGACCAGCAACCCGCCCAGUCAAGUGAACCAGGACCAGGAAAUUAUCAGAGGUUUUCCGCGAAACGGAAACUCACCGCACGAUUGCAAGAACGAGCAGGACAAUGCGCCUAAGGUUGUGGAAGAAGAAAAACACGCGAAAAACACGCUGAAGACCGUCGACGGCAUAAGAGAACUCGAAAAGGAUAUCCGACCCGCGGAUGACUCGCGCGAUCAGUCGAUGACCCGGCAGAAUUCCAUGUUCCGCAGUCGCUUCAUCCCCGACAUAAGCGUGACGUCGUCGCCGCCGACGUCCGGCAAGGGUAAAGACCAGGAGCUGAACGACGAGGGCUUCGAGGAAACGCAGAGUCUCGUAUCGGAGACCCUGAGCCAGGAGACAUCCUCGGGCAAUUACGAGACAGAUACGCACGACUCGACGCGAUGCUCGCCGGCGGAGCUGGGCGGUUACAGCGGUGAACAGCAUCGACGUAGCGCCAUCAUGGUGGUACACGAUGAUGACCCGGAUGGCCAGGGAUCUUCCGUUGACAAGAUGCUGAAGCCGACUUCCGCUGAUGCGUACAACAAGAAGACGACCACGAGGAACGCGCCGGAGAAGUCCAGCUUCUUGCCGAAGCGCACCGCAGGCACGAAGCGCGAGUCCUCCACGCUAAGAAAAACAGAAUCCUUGAAGAGAACCUUGAAUGUCCUCCCGUCGGGCGGCACGGGCUCGUCGAGAAACGAGGUGCAACGUUCCAGUUCAAGAAGCAGUCUGCGUAGCUCGCGAAGUUCGCUGAACAGUGCGACGUCCGUGAACACGGUGCGAAAUCUGGCCACGAAUCACGCGCAUCUACGAAGCUACACCUCGGCCAUCCGAGCGCUGACCAACGACCUGAGGAAGAACAGUCCAUCUAGCAGCUCGUUGCCAUCGAAAAACGCGGUUGAUAAGAGACGGCCGAGUCCUCGUCAGGUUGGCGUUAGUAGGAUACCCGCCAGCAGAAGCAGCAGCAGCGGCAGCAGCGUCGGACCGGCAAUCAGGAACAUUCGAAAAGCACCCGAGGUGAUGUCUGGCGUGCCAAAGGUCACGAGGGGUCGACCGAUCACCUCGCGCAGCAGCAGCAGCGGAAGCAGCGUCGGUCAAUCUAUCUUAGGGGGACGAUCGCUUUCCGGUGAUAAGACGUCCGCGACGAAGAGCAGACUGAUGCAGCCGCGAGCCGGCUCGAAGAGUCACAGUUUUAUGAGGCCUACGGCCGCUAGUGUCAACAAGGGUUCAACACCGAAUUUGCCGAAGAGUAUCAAAGCUAUGGUCAAGUGACGAGUCCCAUUGAUAAGAAAAAAAUAAUCGUAAAGUUA